UCUUAUUGAAGAGGUCUAACUUGAGGUCUUUACUCUCUUAAACCCAUAAACAAAUAAAUCCAAACAAAUUUAGGUACCUUUCAUUAUGCUCGUUUUAACUACAUCUUUGAUUGCUUCUUAAAAAGACUAAAAACGUAUACUAAUUAUCUAAAGAUGAUGCCGUGAGUUACACACAAAGGUUUUCAAAUCUGCGUAUGAUUUUGUUUUCGGUUGUUUCAUUUAUAUUAGUACAGAUUACUAAGCAAUCAUACCUUGUGUACUAAUUUAGAUCUGCCAAAAUAAUUUUUUUCAUUUACUUUGUAAUAAAACUUUUUUAAUUUGAAUAUUUAAUGACAAUUCCCCGCUCCUAAUUUAUCAAAAUAAAAAGCUAACCUCUACUCCAUCAAAUCAAUAAAAUAUCCAACAUAAGUAGGGGUGUUCAAUCCGGUAAAACCGAACCAAUUAAAACCGAACCGAACCGAAAUAGAAAAAAUGGUUUGAAUUUGGUAGUACCGAAUAUACCGAAUGAAUGUCAUUUUUAAGAAACCGUGGUAUAUGGAUAUGGUUUGGUAUAUAAACCGAUCAAACCGAAUAAACCGAUCAAUUAAAAUAUAAAGUAUAAGUAUAUGUAAAUUAUAUAAUAUAAUUAAUAAUAUAUACCUAAUUUAUUUUAUUGGUAUGAUCUUCCUACUUAAAUGUUUAUUUUAGUUAUUUAAUAUUUUAUUUUAAGUUCAAAUUUUUUUUAUCAAAUUAAAAAACAUAUUUUUUACUUUUUUGUUUAAUAGUAUUAUGGAUUACUGAUAUUUCUUACUUAUAUUCCAUAAAACUAUUACUGUUAUUAAAUAAAUAUGUUUACUGAUUAUUUAAAUAGUAAAAAAAAAAAUUAUUUAAAAACUAAAAUAUCGCCAUGUUAUAAUUAAAUUUAAAGCCGAUAUCUAAUCUUAUAAAGUAAAAUUCACAAAAUAUUUUAAAAAAUAAAUAUAUUUACGGUUUUUUUGGUAUAAAACCGAAUAAACCAAAAACCGACGGUAUAUAAAACGAACCAAAUCAUAUUAAAUAUAGUUUUAAUAUGGCAGAUAUUUUUUAUAAACCGAAACACCGAAAAACCGAAAAAACCGAACCGAAACCGAACCGAUAUCCGGAUUGAACACCCCUAAACAUACGUGAUUCCAAUUUCAAAAGAUUAAAGAAAUAAGAAACAAAACAUAUUAACUUGAUCACUAACAUAUUAAAUGGCUACACUAACUACCAAAACCACACGCAUUAUUUUCCUUAUGAGUUAGCUCUUCUUAUAUGGUUUAGAAUAUAUGCUAAUGCAAACGCUCUCUAUCUCACAUUCUUUACUCUCAUCACUCAUACGUUUAUGCUCUUCAAAGUUUCAUUUCUCCAAUGGCGUCCUCGAUCACUUCCUCCGAUCAUCGGCUUCCCAUGAGCAAGAGACGAUUAAAGUCACUGAGUCUUAGAGAUUACCUUCUUGAUGAUCUCAGCUCUUCUUGCUCAUCCAACGGCUUCAAAUCCCUCCCUCGUCUCCUCGACGCCGAGAUCAAACGGUCCGGAAUACUCCACCGCAAACGGCGUUCUAACUGCGGGCUGGCGUUUAGUCACGCCGUUAAGAAAGCUUCCACGGCGGUACUCAGCGCCGUUAAACUCUUGCCGUUCCCUUCCUCCUCCGUUAAACCUCCUUCUCCGUCUCGAAAGAAAGGGAUGUUCUCGAGGAGCUUCUCUAGAAACCUCUGGAAAAAACUUUCUCACCGUGAAGUUAAUAACGUCGACGACGGAGAGAUUGAACGGAGAACGGAGGGACGUGAACAGAAGAUCCAACGAGGGAGAUCAUUGACAUUCGGUGAGUUUCUGAAAGAGAGUCUAGACCAACCGUCCAAUGCAUCAUUUUCCGGUGAAGCGACGUUGUCAAACUCCACCGGUGGUGACUCGACGAGUGUUGGCAGCGAGUUGUUCACGAACUCGGAGGUGACUCAGUCGAGUGGCGAAUCUGAGACGUCGAAGGAAAACGACGCCGUGGGAGAUGAGAGGGAGGAGACAACAAACAGAGUAGUAGUUAUGAUGAGUGGGGAUUGUGUAGGGUCACUCGUCAGUGACAGAUCGUCUGUCAACGACAACAGAGAGGAAUGCGUGAACGAAGAGAAAGAACAACUCAGUCCGAUAUCUAUCUUGGAAUGUGCAUUCCAAGAUAAUGUAGUAACUCCUCAUUCGCAUCAAAAAGUACUUACAGAAACCCAUGGGAAGAAGCUAUUGAGGAAGAGUAGAAGAUUUGAGACUUUGGUACGACUUGUGCCUGUGGAUUUAGAGAAACGUAUAGAGCAAGAUGUUGAAAGACAAGAUUAUGACUCUCAUCCCAUGGUCGAAACCGAAGAAAAUCAAUCCGAAAACCGAGCAACCCGUUUGUUUGCUUUACUGAAGUCUAGAUUGACUGAGGAACUGAGCCAGUUACUGGCGUCUCAGAAAGUAGACAAUCUUUUGCUAGAUUUUUUCAGAGAAGACGGGAAUACUGACACAAGAGACGAGCAUAAGUUAGUGAAGAUUGUUGAAGAAUGGCUGAUGAGGAGACAAGAAGAAGAAUAUAUGUUUAUGAGUUGGGAAGUGGAAGAGAAGAGAGAGAUUUAUGUGAAGGAAAUGAAAUGGGGUUUUAUCAAUGGUGAUGAGCAAGACUAUGUAGUUGAAGAGUUGGGGAAUGGUUUUGUUACUUCCUUGAUUGAUGAACUUAUUCUUGAUUUAUCACUGUGAGAAUAAGAUUUUUUGUCACAUGUUCGUUGCCGUUCACUAGAGUCUAUAUUUUAAAAUUUUUGUCAAUAUGUAUUCAGUGGCGGAGCAUGAUUUUGACUUGACAUGGGGAUUGGUUAAAAAGAUAUACAAUUGAGACUUGAACUUAA